AUGUCCCUCGGCCAGCCUGGCUGCCGAGCUCUCCCAGACCCUCUGGGGCUGCCGGAGCCGCCCGCGGGGGCUGUGGCCGGGGAGGGUCGGGGAUGCUCGGCCGGGGAUGCUCGGCCGGGGGACCCCGGGGUGCCGCUCUGGCCCGCGGGCUUCGAGCCCCCUCUGGCGGCUCCGCGCCGGUACUCGGGACCGGCAGAUCCUGCUCCCGGCUCGCCGGCUGCUUCCUCGGCAAAUUCGAGCACCUGUCCCCGAAACCGGGAGGUAGAUAAUGGGUACUCGAACCAGCCCGGCCCGCGGGCAGGUUACCCAGCAUGUGCCUCCCCCUCCAUGAACUCCUGGUUUUUCACGGGCUUUGAAAUACUUGACAUAAUUUCCUUGCCACAGAAAUACCGUCUUUGGCUCAGGAAGUCCAUGAACUGCAAAUUGCUUGAGGUGUUUCCUCAUACCUGCUUCAUUCUGUCUCUUGUCAUCUAUGCUUUUCUGGGGGCUCUCAUGUUUUCCCACAUUGAAGGUAACCGGAAGGUAGAAUUUAGUGAAGACUAUAGAAAUUUUCUGCAGAAUCUGACGUACCUCGGCAGAAGUUUAUCAGAAAGUUUCUCCCGCUCCUCCUCCCCUGCUGUGAGCCACCCCACCAGCCCUCUGGUGACGGCAUGCCCAGGUGAUGGUCUGCAAACACUCACUGUGUCUCCUGCUGUGACUGUGACAGAUAACAUGACAGAAAAUGAGGUGAAGUUUAAGAAAAAAAUCCAUGAUCUUCUCAGCACAGCUCAACAAGACUGGUUUGUCAAUCCAAAAGACAAAUGGAGUUUCUUUGGGUCUCUCUUUUUUUGCUGCACAGUGUUCACGACUGUGGGUUAUGGCAAUACCUACCCCAUGACACGGAUUGGGAAAUAUCUCUGUAUGUUGUAUGCUUUGUUUGGUAUCCCUCUGAUGUUCUUGGUCCUGACAGACACGGGAGACAUCCUUGCGACUGUUUUAUCCAAGUCAUACAAUGAAUUCCGAAAACUGCAGGCAAAAGUUCUGGCCUCCAAACUCUGCUCUGGGUCCACAUGUAACAAAAGGGAUGAACUAAAGUCCAGAGCACAGUCUAAUAUAGUCAUCAAUGAGCCCCUGACAAUUAUGGAAGUGCUGAAAAGUCAGCCCAGUGGGAAAAGGAGGCCGAUCAAAUAUCGCAAUGUUGAACUUUUUGAAAUGUUAAUUGCCAGAGAAAAUGAGCAAACAAAGCCAGCAAGAAAUAAAAGCAUUGAGAGAUGGAGUUCAUGUCCUGAACUUGCCAGGGGAAAGACAAUGUCCAGAGUAAUCGAGAAUUUUGACAAAAUAGGGAAAGAGUUAGAAAAAUUAGAUGUGCCCAUUGUAUUAAUGGUGCUCGUUAUCUUUGUGUACAUCUCCUGUGCAGCUGCUAUUCUUCCAAAGUGGGAAUCCAAUUUGGAUUUUCAGGAAGCCUUUUAUUUCUGCUUUAUCACCUUGACCACUAUUGGAUUUGGAGAUACACAGCUGGAACAUCCCAAGUUUUUCUUGUUUUUUUCCCUUUAUAUUAUUAUUGGCAUGGAAAUUGUUUUCAUUGCUUUUAAGCUGGGUCAAGAUCGCUUAAUUGUUUUGUAUAAAAAGGUAAUUUCAUUUUGUGCAGAGAAAAAGAUGCCAUCAAAGAAGAUAUAUCCAAAAUAA